AUGGAGGUGGACAAAAUCAGAAGAAGCUCCGUCAGGAGACACAGGCUUUCCAGCGCAGACGCCACGUGCUACAAACCGACGGCGAAAAGCUCCUUAAACAACGAGACCUGCAGCGACGAAGGCGAAAUAGAGUUCGAGGGAUGGGUGGAGUUUAUAACGAAAAAUGAAAAGGAAGAUAAUGACGAUGACGAUACUUUGUGCGAAGAAAAGAUUGGCAAGUCCUAUGGAAAAAGGAGAAGCACCGUGCACAUAUCUAGCUCUCCUGGUGUAUAUACACAUGGGGGGAAAGCAAAAAAGGGAGAAAAAUAUGUCAAAGGCGGAGAGACCACCAUAGCUAAUGCGAACGUCGUUGUUAAAAAUGAAGAGAAAUCAGAUUAUGCCUACACGAAUACAAAUUAUAUGAACAAAGAACCUGUAGUGACGUUAAAUAACGGGGUGGUUUAUGCAAAUGGGAAUAAUGCUACUACAUACCCAUUAAUUAUCAACACGCAAGAAAAAACGAAUAACGCCAUGAAUGUGCUGAACCCAAAUUAUGUAGAUCCAUCUCCUCCAGUUGUUUUGAAGAAUCAGCAAAUAAUUCCCCAGCUGUACAUUAGGCAGCCACCAACAGUGGUAGUAACAAAUGAACCUCGCCCCCCCUUAGUGAUAAACCCCCCACCAGCUAACAUCGUUUUUAAAAAUAAGGCCCCUCAACCUAUAUAUGUAAAUAGUACAAGGCCAAAUAUCAUCAUUAAAAAUGAUCCUGCAGUGAUGCAGAACCCACUUGAUAUGGAUUCUACCCCUAUACAGCUAGACCUCCCCAUGGAAAAUGCAUCUACCACAAUGACAGAGUCGAUAAAAUAUCCCUGUACAGUUAAUAUGAAAAAUGAACCCAUGGGGGAUAACCGAAGCUGCUUUUAUAAGGCAAAUGUGAAUGCUACCACCUCAGGGGUAAUGCCAGCAACUAAUGUGAUCCAGCUAGAUAAUUCGCUAGGAGGGCCCAUUUCGCAGCAAAUUCUUCCAAAUGUGUAUAUGAUGAAUGAGAAUGGGCAGCUCCAAGGGGGGUUCCAAACGCAGCAGGGUCCCAUCUAUACAGUAAGUCCCAUGGGCAACCUAAUCCAAGCGCAGCAAUCUCCUAGCACUACAUACAAUUCGUAUGAGCCGAAUGUUUUCCAGUGCGUGCAGCCAAGUUACGCACAGGUGAUGGGAGCUCAGUCUGAGCAGUGCUCCGGUGGAGGGAUCUUGCUGAACCAGCCCCUGCAGAUGGCACCGCAGCAGCAUGUGCAGGCAAUGUCCGGACAGCAGCAUGUUCAAGCAAUGUCCACACAGCAACACGUGCAAGGAAUGCCCACACAGCAUAUGCAGGCAGCCUCCCAGCCGCAAGUUCACCUGACAGGAGGAAUGCAAAAUUACCAAGCGUAUGGCAGUGCUCAACCAGCCAUGACGUACGAAAAAUUCUGCACUCAGCAAGUGGCUCAACCCGCAUAUGGAAAUGCAGCACCCCAGUAUGUUCACCAAAGUUAUAUGCAAACAAAUCCAAUAAUGCAGGAACAGAUGGUUCCUCAAGUUGCACCGAGAAGAUCAUCCUUUGUUCCUAAUAACAACUUAGCGCAAGGAGGACAGCCAGUCAUGCGAUACAGUAAUAAUUUAGGCCAACCUGUUAAUGUAAAUAAAUUUCCCUUGCAGCAUCAGGCAUCAUCUGCCUCCAGUGAAUUUCUACCUUCUUGUGGACCAGUCGGUUGUGCAGCCUCGAAUAACAAACCGGUUCAAACACCUAACGUGAGGAGGAACAGUUAUGUAAAUCCCCAAGCACAAGGGAUGAUGCAGCCCCUUCCAAAAAAGGUCCAAAUAGUGGCUCGCCCUAUGCACGAUCAGAACUUCCGGGGGUAUAACUAA